GAAUUCAAGGUUAUACAAAGUUCAUUCCUCUAUGCUUGAAUUUUAAAUUUAUCAUAGGAAAGUUCAAACAAAUCUUAUUAUGGAGUUAUUGAUUUGGUUAUCAUCAAGACUUAUUUAUAUGGCUUGUGAAAGUAGACAAUAGUUCUUAAGGAAAGAGACCGAGACAUUACAGUAGACAUUAAUCACUGAUUAACAUAAAAAUAUGUUGAGUAUAUGUAGGAAAAAAAUGACAGAAUUAACUAUUGAUUGAUUGUAUCAAAAUAUACAAAUCUUUUAACAUACCACAACAGCUAUGAUUGGAGAUAGGGCAACAUUCAGGUAUCUGCCAAGUUUGGCAUAAGCAAGGAAGUCACCAAGAUGGCCAAACAGGUUGAGAAUUUCAUAACACAUUCUUUUUACCAUUUCAGUACCUGCAUAAAAAAAAUAGUUUUUGUUGGAGCCAAAUAAGGUUCACCUUGAGAACAUGACUCCAAUUUCCAUGGAUUGAGAUCAUGAAUAUGAACCUAAGAUGAGCCCUGUUGCCAGCCAUCCUCCAGUUUUUGUCUUGUUUAUAGGGUAGCCUCAAAAUUACACGGCAGAAAUGCCUGCUAUCCCUUUUUCCUCCUCUCUGUGACUUCCAACUACAAAAUCAAUAAGACAUCAACAAAGUAUAAAACAAGGUUUGAACAAUAAACACAUUUCUACGAAAAGAAUUUAAUACCAUGUUUUAUGGUUUGUUGGAUGAGUAAUUACAUAGAGUUGAAUGAGCUCCUGGAAUCAAAUAACAACCCCAAACUGUAAUCAUCUCAGGAUUAAACAAUAUCACUGUCUCCAUUCAGUUUUCCCUCCCCAAAUCAGACUCCACUUUCAAAGCGGUGAAUCUAAAGUGAAAAAAAGAGAGCAGGAAUUGCAACAAAGAAAGAGAAGGAGAGGAUAAUUACUAGAUAUCCAAAGGGGUUUCUGUUUCUUUUCCCAGCCCGCGCUGAGAGAGAGCGAGUUGGAAAUUGGCUGCCGCUUCUACACCCCUCUCAGGAGUGGGGAUUUAGGGUUUCUGCGUCAAUGGUGAAUGUUGCGACAACAACAAACGCGAGCAGAAUUAGGUCAGCGACGAAGAUGUAAUCACUAUUGGGUCGAGGCGGAGGACGUGUGCUCGCUGGAAUCUUAUCAGAAGUUGCGCUAGUUUUACACAACUCCAUUUGCUGCAAAAAAAGAGAGACAAAACGACCUCUGUGAUUGGCGCUGCUAUUGUUCAAGGCUAGUCACUCUUUAGAACGAAAUCAGAGACCUAGAUCCUGAGGGGCUGGAGGCACAGGAAAGCACAACGCGAAUGGCAGUAGAAAACCUAAGGAGGUGGAAUUUCGCGAGAAGUUGGAGAAGGAAAGUAAAGAGAGGAACAAACCCAGGUGGAGAAUGGGAGAAAUGUGACUUUGGCACAAUGCAAUGGCGAACGAAGAAAAAAAAGAGAAGAAAAAAAAGAGGAGUAAACCAAGGACCCAAUGGUGCAAUCCGGAGAGAAAGCGAAAUGGAGAAAUGUUAGGACCUAGCUCCCAAUUCCAACUCUGGCGUUUGUCUUCUCUCCCCUAUUGCACCUUCGCCAACGUGGAUUUUGGAAAACCAAAUUAUAAAAUCAAAUAACACUGCCACGUAUAAUACCACGUCAGGUAAUAUAAAAACUUGUAAAAACUUAGUAGUUAACGUAUCGUUUUCCUUUUUCCAAAUCUAUCUUACCAUACGAACACUCCCUAAAUCCCCAAUGUCCUUCAUUCUCCUUUCUUCUCUCUUCGUUCCAAAAUCAUUAUUCUCUCUCUAGGUUGAAGGUUGCGAGGGUUUGACGGUGUACUUCUCAAUCUCUCAUUAAAGAUUGAUAGGAGUGGCAUUGUGGGUAUGCAUAACUUGGCUCUGUUUGAAUUAGCUUGCACCUGUUGGAAUGAACUUCUCUAUAAGCUCUUCUACCACCAGAGAGAACAAGAAGAAAAAAAUGAACUUCACUUCUCCUGGAACUUUUUGCUUAGCCGUACAUGCCAACACCGUGAAUGAAGAAGGUGGCCUGAUACUAACUAAGAUCUUGAAAGUGUAUAUGAAAAUACUUAGUUAUUAGCUCUGGUUGUCUUUAAAGAGAGACCAAUAUCAUUAGACUAUAAAACAUUUUUUCUUAAAUGGCACUGGUUGUAAUGUGUGGGCAGCCAUGCAGUGGGAAGUCCAAAGCUGCACUCUGUCUAGUUGAAGCUCUCAAAGAAUCAGAAUCAAAUCAUCAAGUGAGAAUCAUAGACGAAGCUUGCUUUCAUCUUGAUCGUAACCAAAGCUAUGCAAACAUGCCUUCAGAGAAGAAUUUAAGAGGGGUGCUCAGGUCAGAAGUAGAUAGGUCUGUGUCCAAAGAUAGCAUCAUCAUAGUAGAUUCUUUGAAUAACAUCAAGGGUUACAGAUAUGAGCUAUGGUGCUUGGCUCGAGCUUCUGGAAUCAGAUACUGUGUGGUGUACUGCGACGUUGAAGAAACCUUUUGUAGGAAAUGGAAUGAAGCGCGUAGGGAGAAAGGAGAAGCCAAUUAUGCGGAUUCAAUUUUUGAAGAUUUGGUGAGAAGGUUUGAGAAACCAGAAAGAAGAAACAGGUGGGAUUCUCCCUUGUUUGAAUUAUGGCCACACAUAGAAGGGACAGAGAGAUCUUCCUCUGCCAUUAUAGAUGCUGUCUCCUACUUAAUAAAAAAGGUGGACUCCAAAACCAGGGAUGUUAAGAUUCUGCAACCAACUAUUGCCACUCAAACCGCACGUUUUUCUGAUGCAAAUUCUUUGUUUGAAUUGGACAAAGCAACACAAGAAGUCACAAAUGCUAUAGUAGAAGCACAAUCUCAAGCGCUUGGAGGACCACUUAACGGUGUUUCUGUGGGAAAAGACUUGCCUGUAAUCAACAUUUCAAGGUGUGUUGGGUUGCCGGAGCUACGUAGAAUGCGACGCACCUUCAUAAAAUUGACAGGGCAAACAAGUUUAAGUGGGCCACCACCCCCUUCUGAUGCAGACAGUGCAAAGAGAAUGUUCAUUGACUACUUGAACAGAGAGCUAGGAACAUCCUAAAGGACAGUAUAUGAAUUGUUUGCAAUUCAGCAUGUAUUGCCACUCAAAGUGUAUCAAUCAAUUCAAAUGGUAAAAGCACAUAGAAAUAUGACAAUUAAGGAAACACAUGACUUAGACAACACA